GAUCAAUGCCUGAAACGAAAUCUAAAAUGUGAACCAUUUUGAUUAUUAAAAGGGGUCGUGAGCCAAAACCCUUGAAAACAGGACGGUCCAGUCCAUUUUCAGAAAACUCUCCCUCCACUACCACUAACAACCUCCUGGAGUUGAAUAAAAAGGCGCACUAUAAUUAGCCUCAACUUCUUCCAUCUCCUCCCUGGCCUAACCUCACUCACUCACUGUUGAUGCCCUGACAAAUUCUUCUACUCUCUCUCUCUCUGUGCUGAUGCUGCUGGAUAUUGAUGUUCUACUUCUCAUCUCGGCAAUUGGUUAACACCAACAGAAUUAUCAUAUCUUUCGCAUACUGAAUACUGUCUUGUUUCCCAGCCCUCUAUGGCCUCUUCUUCUUCUUCUUCUACUUCCUUUUGCUUUCCGUCCGCCGGAGCCCGAACCUGUCUCCGAGCCGACGUCGCCGGACCCGUGCUCUCUGGUGGUCUCCGUCCUUGUGGGACCACUCAAUUCAACAAGUCUCGGAGGAGGAUUGUUGUUCGUUGCUCUUUGGACCAGAAUGUCUCGGACAUGAGGGUCAAUGCUCCAAAAGGGUUAUUUCCACCCGAACCUGAACACUAUCGGGGACCAAAACUGAAAGUGGCUAUUAUUGGAGCUGGUCUUGCGGCUAUGUCAACUGCAGUUGAGCUAUUGGAUCAAGGCCAUGAGGUGGACAUAUACGAGUCAAGAUCUUUCAUUGGUGGGAAAGUUGGUUCUUUUGUUGAUAAACGUGGAAAUCACAUCGAAAUGGGACUUCAUGUUUUCUUUGGUUGCUACAAUAAUCUUUUCCGAUUGUUGAAAAAGGUUGGUGCUGAUAAAAAUCUGCUUGUGAAGGAUCAUACUCACACUUUUGUUAAUAAAGGGGGUGAAAUUGGAGAACUUGAUUUUAGGUUUCCAAUUGGAGCACCAAUACAUGGAAUUCGUGCUUUUUUGUCUACAAAUCAGCUCAAGCCUUAUGAUAAAGCAAGAAAUGCCUUGGCUCUUGCCUUAAGUCCAGUGGUGCGAGCACUUGUUGAUCCAGAUGGAGCAAUGAGAGAUAUACGGAAUCUGGAUAGUAUAAGCUUCUCGGAUUGGUUCUUGUCUAAAGGUGGCACCCGUGCAAGUAUAACGAGAAUGUGGGAUCCUGUUGCUUAUGCUCUCGGGUUUAUCGAUUGCGAUAAUAUCAGCGCCCGUUGUAUGCUCACUAUAUUUGGAUUGUUUGCUACCAAAACAGAGGCUUCCUUAUUACGCAUGCUUAAAGGUUCUCCGGACAUUUAUUUAAGUGGCCCCAUCAGAAAGUAUAUUGAAGAAAAAGGAGGAAGGUUCCAUCUGAGGUGGGGUUGCAGAGAGAUACUACAUGAGAGAUCUACUGAUGGAGAGACGUAUGUAACAGGAAUUGCUAUGUCCAAGGCUACCCAAAAGAAAAUUGUGAAAGCUGAUGCUUAUAUUGCAGCAUGUGAUGUUCCUGGAAUAAAAAGAUUAGUUCCACCCAAGUGGAGGGAGUGGGAAUUCUUUGAUAAUAUCUAUGAACUAGUUGGAGUGCCUGUGGUAACAGUGCAACUGAGAUAUAAUGGCUGGGUAACAGAGUUGCAGGAUUUAGAACGGUCCAGGCAACUAAGGCAAGCUGCAGGGUUGGAUAAUCUUCUUUACACCCCAGAUGCAGAUUUCUCAUGUUUUGCAGACCUUGCACUUGCAUCCCCAGAAGACUAUUACAUUGAGGGGCAAGGAUCUUUGCUCCAAUGUGUGCUUACACCUGGUGAUCCCUACAUGCCAUUACCAAAUGAUGAAAUCAUAAAAAGAGUUGCAAAACAGGUCUUGGCUUUAUUCCCAUCUUCCCAAGGUUUGGAAAUUACUUGGUCGUCUGUCGUCAAAAUUGGGCAAUCUUUAUACCGUGAGGCGCCUGGUAAAGAUCCAUUUAGACCUGAUCAGAAGACACCCGUGAGGAAUUUUUUCCUUGCUGGCUCAUAUACAAAGCAGGAUUACAUAGAUAGCAUGGAAGGAGCCACCCUAUCUGGCAGACAAGCCUCUGCUUACAUAUGUGAUGCUGGGGAGGAAUUGUUGGCAUUACGAAAGAAGCUUGCUGCUGCCGAUGCUGAAUCCAGACGGCUUACCGGAGGAGAGGCUUCUUAUAUGACUGACGAGUUGAGUCUUGUAUGAUAAAUUCCAAUUCCUUUGUACAGCCCCUAGCAGACGGCCUCAAAUUGAUGAGUCAGAGGACAGAUACGGCGGAAUAUGUAUGCAUGACGUGUUUAAUUUCCACAUAUGAUUGUAACAUGUGUAGUUAGAUGUUAGAUCUCAUCCCGUUUGAUGUCAAUCACUAGCAUUGAUGUGUCCAUAUUGUGGCGCCUUUGCAUUGUGUUUCUCUGUAUGUUUGCAUCUCCACAUGCCAUACGCGAUUGUAUGUGACAGUAGGCCGUUGAUAGUAUGACAUAUAAUGUUGAACUCA